UUUAAUUUGUACUUGUAUACUUAGGCUGGGAGGGUAUUCCCAGUGUCUAUAGCUGAAAGACUCUGUACCUAUUCCAUUUUUUUAAAUUUACAAAGAUAAUGUUUACUGUUUUUAUUUUCUUUAAUUAAAAGCUUUUCUUGUUUAAGAACCUGAUUGUUUUUUUAUUCUGGUGAGACCCCAGGGGACUGGGUCUGGAUCCACCAGGGAACUGGUGGGGAGAAAGGAGGGAAGGGGGAGAGAGAGGUUAAUUUCCUCUCUGUGUUAGGAUUGCUUUCUCUCUCAGGGAGAAUCUGGGAGGGGUAAAGGUGGAUUUUCCUCUCUGUUUUAAGAUUCAAGGAGUUUGAAUCACAGUGAUCUUCCAGGGUAACCCAGGGAGGGGAAGUCUGGGAGAGGCAACGGUGAGGGAAAGGGUUUACUUUUCUUGUGUGAAGAUCCAGAGCGUCUGGGUCUUGGGGGUCCCCAGGCAAGGUUUUGGGGGGACCAGAGUGUACCAGGCACUGGAAUUCCUGGUUGGUGGCAGCGCUACAAGUACUAAGCUGGUAAUUGAGCUUAGAGGAAUUUAUGCUGGUACCCCAUCUUUUGGACGCUAAGGUUCAGAGUGGGAAAUUAUGCCAUGACAUGGUGUGCAGCAUAUGGGAUAGAUAGAAAAGAUAGAAUCCAAAAGCCAGUGAGGUUUUUAUUUCUCUCCCUGCUAGCUAUCUGCAGGCAGACUGAGGUUUAGGUUUAGAAGCAAAAGCCAGUAGGAAUUUUUCUCUCUCUUUCCCUGCUAGCUGUGUGUAAACCAGGCUAGAGGAGAUUCUUUUAAAAGCAAAGGUCGGAAAGAUUUUUUUUUGGUCUCUCCCUUCUGAGUACUCUGAAGGCAGAGGCACUAGGGUUUAACAAGGAUCUCUGUUAAACAAAGGGACUCCAGAUGUGAGUUACCAUACACCAGCAAAACACAUUUGCAAAUGAAUGGUUUUUUUCUUUCUAACUCUGUCGGGAAUAGCUAGGAAGAAGGAGUUAAAAAAGACUCUGUUGCUAAGCAACUCUAAGGAGGCAACAGAGAAGCAGGAUUUCAGGCAGUAAACAGCAGAGGGUGCCCCAACACAAGAAAACAGAAACCAUGACUACUAAGGACACCUUGAAACAGGAACGGGCAAAACUGGGGGCAGAGGCACAAAUCAAAGACGUAGACCACAAGCGAGACAUGGAAAAGAAACUACAAGAACUAGAAAUAAAACAAAAAGAGAUGGAGCUGAGAGAAAGAGAAAGAGAGGCUGACCACAGGAGAGAGCUGGAGAUAAAAGAGAAAGAAUUGGAACUCUAGAGAGAGGCCCACCGGCAGGCCCUAGAAUUAGAACAGGCUAAGCCGAAGGACACAGCCAAUCCUACCAACCCUUCGCCAGUUAUCGUUCCACAUCCCAAGAAAUUUCCCACCUGCAAGGCAGGUGAUGACACUCAGGCCUUCCUAGAAAAUUUUGAAAGGACCUGCCAUGGGUACAUCAUCUCUGAAGACCAAUACAUGAUAGAGCUGAGGCCACUGCUCAGUGGACCCUUAGCAGAGGUGGCGGCUGAAAUGCCUAAGGAGAACAUGAACGAUUAUAAACUUUUUCAAACCAAGGCCAGAAUCAGAAUGGGGCUAACACUUGAGCAUACCUGUCGGAGGUUCAGAGCCCUAUGGUGGAAACCGGAUGUGUCAUUCACCUGACACGCCUACCACAUUGGAAAGAAUUAUAAUGCCUGGAUAUCAGGAGCCAAUGUUAAAUCUCUGGACGACAUGCACCUCCUAAUACAAUUGGAGCAGUUCUUAGAGGGUGUUCUGGAGGAAAUAGAAAGGUACAUCCUAGAUGGGAAGCCCAAAACGGCAACUGAGGUGGGGGAGAUUGGAGCCAGAUGGGUGGAAGUGGCAGAAAAGAAAAGAGCUACUAUCAAGGGGAGCGAAUAUCACCGAGGUCACACCGACAAUAAACCCUAUACCCGAGGGCAACCCAAGACCCCACCUACAACCCAAGGAAAGCCGCCGACUCCCUGUUCUCUCACCUCACCAAUCUCCAGUAACCCACCUCGGCCCAGUGACCAGUCAGCUAGGUGAUGCUUCAAGUGUAAUGAACUGGGACAUAUAAAGGCCAACUGCCCCAAGAACCCCAACCGAGUCCAGUUCAUUAUAUCUCCAUCACUCCAAAGAUCCCCAGGCCCAGACGCCUCUCAAAUACCCUCGGAGUGAAGGGAAAUUUUGAGAGUGGGCGGAAAGAAGGUUACCACGUGGAGAGACACGGGGGCACAAGUGUCAGCUAUCCACCAAUCCUUGGUGGACCCCAAAUUCAUCAACCCAAAGGCCUAAGUGACAAUUUAUCCCUUCGUGUCACAAGCAGUAAACUUGCCUACAGCUAAACUGCCUGUCCAGUACGAAGGCUGGUCAGGAAUGUGGACUUUUGCAGUCUAUAACAAUUAUCACAUCCCCAUGCUACUGGGGGAAGACUUGGCCAAACAGGCAAAGUGGGCCAAGAGAGUGGGAAUGGUUACACACAGCCAAGCCAGGCAAGCUUCCAGACCCAUUCCUGUUCCUGAACCGUCCACAGGGGCCCCAUCUGUGUUAGCAGAGACCCAGACAGAAGUAGUGGACCCGGAUCCCCUGCCAACGACUGCUACAGCCAUAGUACCUCCAGUCCCAGACCCGAACCUGGAAACGCAACCAACACCAGAACCAUUGCCAGCACUGAUGCCAGUGCUUGCAAACACAUCCUCAACCCCAAUGCCAGAGGGCACCAGCGAGCCUGAACUGGCAGAAGCAGCAGACAACCCUACCCAAGAGGCUCAGCCCGAGCCUGGAAUACCACCUGGUGCACCAGCAGAGAGCGGUUCACCAGCCACGAAAACAACCCCAUCACCUACAUCGCUUCCAGAGGGGCCAAGCCCAAGUCCACAGUCUAAGGAAGAACUAGUGUCUCCAGCCUCCAGGAAACAGUUCCAGACUGAGCAGGAAGCAGAUGACAGCCUUCAGAAAGCUUGGGCGGUGGCACGGAGCACCCCACCGCCUCUCAGCUCUUCUAACCAAUCCCGGUUUGUUAUAGAACAAAGGCUUUUAUAUAAUGAGACUCUUUCUGGUGGACACCGAGAAGACUGGCAUCCACAAAAACAGUUGGUGGUUCCAACUAAGUACCGGGGGAAGCUCUUAAGCUUGGCCCAUGAUCAUCCCAGUGGCCAUGCUGGGGUGAACAGAACCAAAGACAGGUUGGGGAAGUCUUUCCACUGGGAGGGGAUGGGCAAGGAUGUUGCCAAGUAUGUCCGAUCUUGUGAAGUGUGCCAAGAAGUGGGAAAGCCCCAAGACCAGGUCAAGGCCCCUCUCCAGCCACUCCCCAUAAUUGAGGUCCCAUUUCAGCGAGUAGCUGUGAAUAUUCUGGGUCCUUUCCCAAAAAAGAUCCCCAGAGGAAAGCAGUACAUACUGACUUUCGUGGACUUUGCUACCCGAUGACCAGAAGCAGUAGCUCUAGGCAACACCAGGGCUAAAACUGUGUGCCAGGCCCUAACAGACAUUUUUGCCAGGGUAGGUUGGCCCUCCGAUGUCUUACGGAUUCAGGGACAAAUUUCCUGGCAGGGACCAUGAAAAAACUGUGGGAAACUCAUGGGGUGAAUUACCUGGUUGUCACCCCUCACCACCAUCAAACCAAUGGCCUGGUGGAAAGGUUUAAUGGAACUUUGGGGGCCAUAAUACGUAAAUUCGUGAAUGAACACACCAAUGACUGGGACCUAGUGUUGCAGCAGUUGCUGUUUGCCUACAGGGAUGUACCACAUCCCAGUUUAGGGUUCUCACCAUUUGAGCUUGUGUAUGCCCAAGAGGUUAAAGGGCCAUUACAGUUGGAGAAGCAGCAAUGGGAGGGGUUUACACCCACUCCAGGAACUAACAUUCUGGACUUUGUAAGCAACCUACAGGACACCCUCCAACACUCUUUAGCCCUCGCUAAAGAAAACCUAAAGGAUGCUCAAAAAAAGCAAAAGGCCUGGUUUGAUAGACAUGCCAGAGAGCGUUCCUUCAAGGUAGGAGACCAGGUUAUGGUCUUGAAGGCGCAACAGGCCCAUAAGAUGGAAGCAUCAUGGGAAGGGCCAUUCACGGUCCAAGAGCGCCUGGGAGCUGUAAACUACCUCAUAGCAUUUCCCAAUUCCUCACUAAAGCCUAAAGUGUACCAUGUUAAUUCUCUCAAGCCUUUCUAUUCCAGAGACUUACAGGUUUGUCAGUUUACAGU